AUGGAUACCCCCGGGAAGGAAGAGGAAUUACGGAUUUCGCACAGUGGACUGGUGGCACGAAGCCCUGAAGGCCAUGCAGCACGGGGCAUGCAAAUCAAGGGACACGAAGACGUCUGGGUCGAAAUCCAAGCACACACCUUCCGAAACUGGGUCAACGAGCAACUUCGACCAGCUGGUCUGGUGGUGCAGAACCUGGAGACGGACUUUGCCGACGGCGUGAAGCUGAUCGCGCUGGUGGAAGCCUUACAGAAGAAGAGGAUGAAGAAGAUCCCCCGACCCAUGAACCACCAUCAGUACCUGGAGAAUGUCCAGUUCGCCUUAAAUGCGAUCGAAGCCGAUGGAAUCAAACUCGUGAACAUCGGCAACGAAGAUAUCGUGAACGGAAACCUGAAGCUUAUCUUGGGACUCAUUUGGUCUCUGAUCCUUCGAUAUCAGAUCGGGAGGACGAAAUUCCCGCCCAAGAAACUCAUGCUUGCCUGGCUUCAGGCAGUUCUACCAGACUGCAAGGUGACGAACUUCACGACGGAUUGGAACAGUGGCCAGACUCUAUCUGCUCUUCUGGAUUACUGCAAGCCGGGUCUCUUCCCGCAUUGGAGACAACUCGAUCCUCGGGAUGGGGUGGAAAAUUGCCGUCGAGCAAUGGAGUUGGCGAAGAGGGAAUUCAAGAUCCCGAUGGUCCUGGAACCGGAAUACUUGGCCUCUCCAUAUUUAGACGAAUUGUCUGGGAUGACCUACAUCUCGUAUUUCCUAAAAGAAAACAGCCCGGGAUAUUACGCUACUUUGAACUGGGCUCAGAAACAAAUCCCGAAUGUCCUCCUCCGCAACUUCACUACGGACUGGAACGACGGUCUCGGAUUGUGUUCCUUGGUCCGGAGCCUCGGUGGACCCAUCCCUGGAUACGACAAACUCAAUCGGGACCCACAAAACUGGGAAUCCAACCUCGAAAAAGCAUUUGCUGGAGGAGAGAAGCUGGGCGUUCAGCCGUUGCUAAAGGCUAAGGAGAUGGCAGAUCCGGGCUUGACUCACCUGGGGCCCAUGGCGUACGUGGCACGGUAUCUCUGGGUCCCAGCCCGAAAAUGUCCCGGGGAGCGACUACACGUUACCUGCGACGUCCGCCACAUCAAGGUCAAUCACCCCGUCACCUUCAAGAUGGACUUUCUUUCCCCCGACCUGGAUCCCAAGGAGAUCUCCGUGGAGAUCCUCGGCCCCCGGCGGAAACCCGUCGACUACAAAUUGGAAUUUUCUUCUACUGGGGGACGGGGCACUUUCAUCCCCACCCAGAUGGGGAUGCAUGAGAUCGUGGUGAAGAACGAGGGGGAGCUGGCCAGCGGGUGUCCCAUCAACGUCAGGGUCACACCAGAUGCACCCGAGUUCCGCGGCGGCGGCAUUGCCCCCUGCGCUGUCGGAUCCAUCGUCGAAGUUCUCAUAAAUUCGAAUGGGGCUCGGGGAGGAGAGAUCGAGGUGUUGGCGACAAGUCCAAGUGGGAAGGAAAUAAGUUGUCCCGUUCACGAGGAGAAGGACGGAGGAGGCAAGGGGGAUUACAUGGCCACCUUUCAGCUUCAUGAGGAUCAAGGGAGGGACAGGGGGAAGGGGGUUCACAUGGCCACCUUCCAACCCCAGGAGGCUGGGGAAUGGAACAUCUCCAUCACCUACGAGGGAGAACACAUCGAAUCUUCCCCUUUCUCCUGCUUCGUCUACGACCCCAAUGCCGUCAAGGUGUUAGACUUGGAAGGGGGAGGUGUUCCAGGACGAGAGAUGAGUUUCCGAGUGGACAGCCGGGAUGCUGGGUGGGGAGAGACUCGGAUUGACAUUGUCCACAAUGGGAGAUCCAUCCCUUUCCUCGAAUCCACACUAGAAGGAGGGGAUCCCAAACUUUCCCGCGUCACCUUCGUCCCCGAGCAACCAGGGAAAUACCGAGUCUACGUUUAUUUCAACGGCAUCGAACUGAAAGCUUCUCCUUUUUCCCUGCGGAUCGGGGAUAUGAGCAAGGAGGAGAAGAGGAGGUCUCACCAUCGGCGUGCAGCUGACAAGAAAAUCACUCAUGGCUCAACACCACCACCAACUACAGGGGAAGAGGUGAAGACCUGGAGACAGACGGAGUUGGAGUCUCCGAAACCCGCCAUUCACGACUUUCACUCCUCCUCAUAUCUGUCGGAGUUGUCAUGGAAGGAAGAUGACAAGAGGCUAGUGUCUAAUGCCUAUGAGUCUAGUGCCUCCUCCUUCUCUCACACCAAAUUGUUGGGGAUGGACGAGGUGGAUGCAGGGAUUCACCGAUCCCCUUUGGGGUCGGUCUCAUCCGGAGAAGACUUGACCCUCGUCCCCGUUAACAAGGUCGCAAAUCUUCUUCUCCUGGCCUCUCCUCAUCUCGACCAGGUCGCCGCGAAGGUCGUCGGUAAGUCUCCUUCCCUUUAG